GAUCAUGGUCGAAUCGGGCAGAACUAAGCGCAGAGAAGGGGAAACGACGGGGCACGCACGGCCAGUUUUCCACCGGCGAAGCCGCAGCCAUGGCGUUAUCCAUUUCCACCUCUACGUGGCCAGCGCCGCUCCGUCGGGGGCCAUCCUCGGCCCAUCACGCGCAACAGCGCCGGAGCGGACCGCCCAGGCCCAGAGGGCAUUUAUCCUGCGCGGCCCCGUUUGUCCCCGAGGUGGCGGAGGCGUUGGAAACGCUGUAUUCGGAAUUCAGGGCGGUGGAUAACAUGGUGGCUCAUAACUCCGCCCGGGUUCUUAAGGCUUUCAAGAACGCCCGGGUUGGACCGCAUCACUUUGGUGGCUGUACAGGAUAUGGCCAUGAUGAUGGUGGAGGGCGUGACGCCCUGGAUUGUGCUUUUGCUGAAAUUGUUGGUGCAGAAUCAGCGAUUGUUCGCUCACAGGUUCUCUCUCCUCAACUUUUCGUUGACGACAAUGAGCUUAUAUUGAUGAAUGACGCCGACUGUUUUUUUUUUCCUGCUGUGCGGCAGUUCUUUUCUGGUACUCACGCCAUCACAUGCGCUUUAUUUGCCCUUUUGAGACCUGGGAAUGAGCUUUUAGCAGUUGCUGGAGCUCCUUAUGACACUUUGGAAGAAGUAAUUGGAAUUAGGCAUUCUUCUAACACCGGGUCUCUGAAAGACUUUGGAGUGACAUACAGAGAAGUACCGCUUGCGGCAGAUGGUGGUCUUGACUGGGAUACACUGGCCAAUGCUGUACGACCACAAACGAGAUGUGCCCUCUUACAAAGGUCAUGCGGCUAUUCGUGGCGCAGAAGCUUGAGCAUAAUGGAAAUUCAGAAAGCUGUAAACAUAAUUAAGAUGCAGAAUAUGAAUUGCAUGGUCAUGGUGGAUAAUUGUUAUGGCGAAUUUGUGGAAACAUCGGAGCCUCCAAUUGUGGGAGCUGAUUUGAUUGCUGGGAGUUUCAUAAAAAAUCCGGGUGGAACGAUUGCAACUUGUGGCGGUUAUGUUGCUGGGAAGAGAGAAUGGGUUGAGGCAGCAGCGGCUCGUCUAUCUGCACCUGGUUUAGGGAUAGACUGUGGAUCAACCCCUGGUCAUGUUAUGCGAGCACUUUUUCAGGGCUUAUUCCUUUCACCCCAAAUGGUUGGAGAAGCGAUGAAGGGGGGUAUGCUCAUCGCACAAGUCAUGAAAUCCAAAGGAUAUAAAGUUCAACCACUUCCGCUAGAUCCUCGCCAUGAUACUGUGCAGGCAGUAGAGCUUGGAAAUAGAGAGCGUCUCAUAGCUUUCUGUGAAGCUGUGCAAAGAAGCAGCCCAAUCGCAUCUUUUGUCAAACCAACUGCUGGCCAUACUCCUGGUUAUGCAUCAGAGGUAAUAUUUGCUGAUGGAACUUUCAUAGAUGGUAGCACGAGUGAGCUGUCAUGUGAUGGUCCAUUAAGAGAGCCGUAUGCCGUGUUCUGUCAGGGAGGAACCCAUUGGACGCAGUGGGCACUUGUUUUGGGUGAAGUUCUCAAAGUCAUCUAGCAGUUUAGUUAUCUCCUUCCAGUUGUGAAAGAUGAGGUCUUUUUUGUGCUGCUUUUGAUCAGAAAAGUCCUUGGUUAUCUUUGCCUGCAUGUAUUAGCAUCAGCAGAUCAGCGAUGGAAAAGCCCUUGGUUAUCUUUGCCUCACCAAUUAGCAUCAGCAGAUCAACGAUAGCUGUGAAACUUCACGGAGUCAGCUGCAUUCUCCUGUUCUGUUUUCGGCAGGUAAAAGUAGAAAUAACUUUUAUUGU